AUGUGGCCGGAUAUUCUUGAAAAGGCAAGACAUGGAGGAAUAAACUUAAUCCAAACGUACGUGUUUUGGAACGCUCAUGAGGCUGAAAAAGGCAAGUUAGUUUGGGAAGACAGAUAUGACAUUGUAAAGUUCAUUAAACUCGUACACGAGAAAGGAAUGUAUGUUACCCUUAGAGUUGGUCCUUUCAUCCAAGCUGAAUGGAAUCACGGAGGACUUCCAUAUUGGCUAAGAGAGGUUCCUGACAUCAUUUUCCGAUCUAACAACGAACCUUUCAAGAAACACAUGAAAGAAUAUGUAUCAACUGUUAUUGAUAAAAUGAGUAAAGAAAAACUCUUUGCUCCACAAGGAGGCCCUAUCAUCUUAGCACAGAUUGAGAAUGAGUAUAACCAUAUCCAACUUGCUUAUGAAGCUGAUGGAGAUAACUAUGUUCAAUGGGCUGCAAAAAUGGCAAUUUCACUAAAUGUUGGAGUUCCAUGGGUCAUGUGCAAGCAAAAGGAUGCUCCUGAUCCCGUGAUUAAUGCAUGCAAUGGAAGGCAUUGUGGUGAUACAUUCACAGGUCCAAACAAACCAUACAAACCAGCCAUAUGGACUGAAAACUGGACUGCUCAGUAUAGAGUAUUUGGAGAUCCACCAUCUCAAAGAUCUGCAGAAGACAUUGCCUUCUCCGUUGCUCGCUUCUUCUCUAAGAAUGGAUCUUUAGUCAACUACUAUAUGUAUCAUGGUGGAACAAAUUUUGGUAGAACAAGCUCUGCCUUUACAACAACCCGCUAUUACGAUGAAGCUCCUCUUGAUGAGUUUGGUUUGCAGAGAGAUCCAAAAUGGAGUCACUUGAGAGAUGCACACAAAGCUGUGAACCUGUGUAAAAAGGCUCUACUCAGUGGUGAACCUACCACACAGAAACUUAGCCAGUUUCAUGAGAUUAUAACCUUUGAAAAGCAUGGAGGUGGAGGUAAUGUAUGUGCUGCUUUCAUCACUAACAACCACACCAAAACACCAAAAACAAUACAAUUCAGAGGUACAAACUAUUAUUUGCCACCACGUUCGAUCAGCGUUCUUCCUGAUUGCAAGACUGUGGUCUUCAACACACAAAAUAUUGCUUCACAACACAAUUCAAGAAACUUCGAGAAGUCAAAGACUGCAAAUAAUUUCAAGUGGGAGGUGUUUCAUGAGCCAAUUCCAACUGCUGCGGAAUUGCCAGCCAAACAAAAACUUCCUGCAGAACUUUACAGCUUGCUUAAGGACACCACUGAUUAUGGAUGGUACACCACAAGUGUGGAGUUGGGUCCAGAAGACUUACCAAAGAAGAAUGACGUAUCGCCUGUUCUUCGUAUUCUGAGUCUUGGACAUUCACUACUUGCCUUUGUAAAUGGACAAUUCAUUGGAUCUAAUCAUGGAAGCCAUGAAGAGAAAGGUUUUGAAUUCCAGAAACCUGUAAGUUUCAAGGUUGGAGUUAACCAAAUAGCUAUCUUGGGUUGCUUAGUAGGAUUACCCGAUAGUGGAGCAUACAUGGAACACAGGUAUGCCGGACCGAAGACUAUCACCAUCCUUGGUUUGAAUUCCGGAAAAAUUGAUCUCACUAUUAAUGGUUGGGGAACACAGAUUGGUCUCAAAGGUGAGAAACUUAGCAUUUUCACUGAGGAGGGAUCAAAGAAAGUAGAAUGGAAAGAUUUAAAGGGACCUCCAUCAACUCUCUCUUGGUACAAGACAAAUUUUGACACUCCGGAGGGAAGGGAACCAGUUGCUAUCGGAAUGGAUGGUAUGGGAAAAGGAAUGGUUUGGAUCAAUGGCCAAAGCAUUGGUCGUCACUGGUUGAGCUACCUCUCUCCUCUUGGAAAGCCUACUCAGUCAGAGUACCACAUUCCAAGAUCUUUCCUUAAACCAAGAGGCAACAACUUGCUUGUUAUAUUGGAGGAAGAGGCAGUAAUUCCAGAUAAGGUUGCCAUCCUAAAUGUGAACAGAGAUACAGUAUGUAGUAUAAUCACAGAGAAUCACCCUCCCAAUAUUAAGGAAUUCUCAAGUAAGAAAAAAGAACUUAAACCUACUUCGGCGAAUCUGAUUCCAGAAGCUAUAAUCAAGUGCCCAAACAAAAAAACCAUUUUGGCUGUUGAGUUUGCAAGUUUUGGUGAUCCUACUGGUUUCUGUGGAGGCUUUAUUAUGGGAAAAUGCCAUGCACCUGCCACCAAGAAGAUUGUUGAACAGCAAUGCUUAGGAAAAGAAGGUUGUGCUGUUCCAAUGACCAAAGCAAGCUUCACCGGUGGUAAUGAUGGAUGCCCAGAUGUGAUGAAGACACUUGCAAUACAAGUUAAGUGUGGCUACAAGAAUUAGAAAGAGUUUUGAUUUGGUUGGUGAAGUUGAUUGAGUACAUGAGCUCAAUUUUUUGUUAGUUUUUUUCUUUUGUAGCAAACAAUAUAUGUUAACAUUCAUGUUUGUAUUUGCAAAUAAAUAUUUUCUUACUUCCAUUUAGCAUAAGAAUUGUAAGAAUUCAUUUAUGUAAAAUAAUUUUACAUCAACCGUGUAUAUAAUAAAUUAAUCUUUAAAUACAUGUAGCAACUUAUCUCUA